CCAUGGCGUCCGGCAAGCUCUCCUCCUCCGUCGCGCUGCCGGCGUUCGCCCUGAUGGUGGUGGCGCUGCUCGCCGGCGGGCAGGCCGAGCACCUGCACUUCUACAUGCACGACGUGCUGACGGGGGCGACGCCGACGGCGGUGCAGGUGCUGAACGGGCCCGGCGGCCACUUCGGCGACACGAUCGUCAUCGACGACGUGCUGACGGCGGGCUCGAGCCGGUCGUCCGCCGCCGUGGGGCGCGCCAAGGGGCAGUACAUCUGGGCGUCGGUGGGCAACCCGGAGCUGCUGGUCACCAUGGAGGUGGUGCUCACCUCGGGCCCCUACGCCGGCAGCUCGGUCACCGUCGUCGGGAGGGACGACAUCGGCGCGCCGGUGAGGGAGCUCUCGGUGGUCGGCGGCACCGGGCAGUUCAGGAUGGCGACGGGGUACGUGCUGUGGAAGACGGUCAGCCUCGACCACCCCAACGCCAUCCUCGAGCUCGACGUCUACGUCAACCCGUGAGAGCGAAACCGCCGGCCGCCGGCGCCGCCGCCACCGUGCAUGCAUGGCUAUCUCAGGCGGCGAAGAUGACACACGUGGCGUGUGCAAGCGCACGACACGUGUCCAAACUACAAUACUAUUUCCACUAGUACUUCGAUCCAAUCUACGUACCCACAGUGACGAAUAAUAUAGACAAAUCUCUUCUCUGUAAGUUGUAUCUUGUGUGUAAAACCGUGUAGAAGAAUUAAUGAGAUUUGUCUUCGAUCACAAUUUUUUUUUCAGUUGGUCAAAUGAUUUGUAAUUUUCAGUGCAAAAAUGAGCAUGUGUGAUUAUGCAAAGUAAAAUAUUUUUUAUCUUUACAAAGUCC